UUCAACAUGGCGGACCAAGAGCAAGCUCGUCGCAAGCGGACUCAGCCAACCUGGGCCCCUCCGGCCGGGAGUCCUGACACCCCCCUCAAACUCUACAAUAGUCUCACCCGCAAGAAGGAGGUGUUUGUGCCGCAGAAAGGCCGUCGUGUUGGCUGGUACAGCUGCGGGCCGACGGUGUACGACACGUCGCACAUGGGUCACGCCAGGUCGUACAUCUCCUUCGACAUCCUGCGCCGCAUCAUGAAGGACUACUUCAACUACGACGUCCUCUACGCCAUGAACAUCACCGACAUAGACGACAAGAUCAUCAAACGUGCCAGACAGAACUACCUGUUGGAACAGUACCUGGACAAGAAGCCGUCAGGAAAACAGCUUCUGCAGGACGUACAGACAGCUAUGCAGCCUUACAGGGAGAAGUUGGAAAGGGAAACUGACCCUGACAAGAAAGCCAUGUUACAGAGAAUAACAAACAAAGUGGAAGAAACAGUCUCCCAGCUCGGGCAGGUAGCAGAGAAUAGCCCAGAUGCCAGUAAAGGGGAGGAACUCAAAAAGGCUCUUGUAGGGGAUGCCAGAGACCCACUGUCAGAGUGGCUGGACUCAAUGCAUGGAUCCGAGGUGACUGACAACUCCAUCUUCACAAAGUUGCCCCAGCAUUUCGAGGCAGAAUUUCACAAGGACAUGGAAGCCCUGAAUGUUCUCCCAGCAGACGUCCUGACAAGAGUGAGUGAGUACAUCCCAGAAGUCAUAGAAUAUGUGCAGACUAUCAUAGACAAGGGCUACGGGUAUGAGUCCAACAAGUCAGUGUAUUUUGACACCACCAAGUUCGAUGGUGCCGACGCCCACUUCUAUGCAAAGCUGGUGCCUGAAGCUUUUGGAGACAGCAAAGCAAUGCUAGAGGGUGAAGGUGACCUGAGCAUCUCCCAGGACCGUCUGAGUGAGAAGAGAUCGACCACAGACUUCGCCCUGUGGAAGGCCUCCAAACCUGGGGAACCUUCAUGGGACUCGCCAUGGGGCAUGGGUCGUCCAGGCUGGCACAUAGAGUGUUCUGUGAUGGCCAGCUCUAUCCUGGGAGGGUCACUAGACAUCCAUACGGGAGGCUACGAUCUCAAGUUCCCUCAUCAUGACAACGAAAUAGCACAGGCUGAGGCGUACUAUGAUAAUGACCACUGGGUGCGGUACUUCCUCCACUCCGGCCACCUGACCAUCGAGGGCUGUAAGAUGUCCAAGUCUCUGAAGAACUUCAUCACCAUCCAGGAGGCCCUGUCCAGGUACAGCUCCCGGCAGCUGCGUCUGGGGUUCCUGCUCCACUCCUGGAAGGACACGCUGGACUACAGCUCUGACACCAUGGGCACCGCUGUCAAGUACGAGAAGAUGAUCAAUGAGUUUUUCCUGACUGUCAAGGAUGUCCUAAGAACAGAUGCACCCCCUUUUCUGAAGUGGGACAAGCCAGAGCUUCAGCUUGCAGAAAGUUUCCAACAGAGGAAAGAAGGAGUUCACCAGGCCCUAUGUGACAACAUUGACACGAGAACAGCGAUGGACCAGAUGCGUGAGCUGGUGUCUGACAGUAAUGUGUACCUGAAGGAGAAACGAGACGCCCGCCAGCAGCCUGACCACACCCUGCUCAGGGACAUAGCAGCAUACCUCACCAGGAUGCUCAAGAUCUUUGGUGCUAUUGAGGGAGAAGAGCUUAUAGGUUUUCCUGUGGGAGGCACUAGUCAGGCGGUCAAUCUGGAGGAGACAGUCAUGCCAUACCUCAGUACCAUGGCUGAGUUCAGGGACAAGGUGCGACAAGUCGCUCGCCAACAGAAAGCUACAGAGAUCCUGCAGCUGUGUGACCGGCUGCGUGACGACGUCCUGCCGCAGCUGGGAGUCAGACUGGAGGACCACGAGGGACUGCCGCCGGUCGUCAAACUGGUGGACAAGGAGACACUUCUCAAGGAAAGAGAGGAAAAGCUUAAGAUUGAAGAAGAGAAGCGACGUCAGAAGGAAGAAAAACAACGGAAACAACAAGAACUGCAGGCAGCUAAAGAGGCCAAGAGAAGAAUCCCUCCAUCAGAGAUGUUCCUACAGGACACAGACAAGUAUUCCAACUUUGAUGACACGGGGUUCCCAACACAUGACAAAGAAGGAAAAGAGCUCAGCAAGGGGCAACAGAAGAAGUUACGGAAGCUGUACGACGCUCAGGAAAAACUGCACAACGAGUUUUUAAAGAGUCAGCAAGAAAACGUAGUGAAUGGUGCUCAGGCAAAAUGAUGAUACCUGGAACUAGUAGACAGUUACCAAUAGUUUUAUUGCUUAAACAAGUGUACAGAAAGUGCAAAAUGGAUUGAAAAGGAGCAAAAUUUUCUUCUGUUUUACUCCAUUUUGCUCUCUCUGUACUUUCUGAACAAGAAUGGCUGUUGUCACCUUUUGUAGCAAUUUGGUACCAGUAUCAACCCAACUGGUGUAUAGCAUGAACACUCUACACUACUUCACCAGCCAAAAAAAAAAAAAAA